UUAGUCGCUCUUCCCAGUAGACUUGCAGCAACAACAACAAGUAUUUCACCAUUAGAAUAGAUAACAUGUAAUUGCGACACGGAACUUGAAUCAGAGCAAGCCAGGCCACUUUCCGCGGAACACUAGCAGAAGUACAAAGUCAUCCCAACUCGGCAGUACUAGUGCUACAAAUCCGAAUUCACUCCCGUGUCAGUAUUCAUGAAACUCUCGACUUUCGACGGGUACGCACGUAUGUAGCGCGCAAAUGUUGGCAAAACAUUAUUGUUAGGAUACCACACUCCCCCCGCACACACCCUAACCUUGUGGCAAUAGAAAUCAGCAGUGAGAGAUCAGAUCGAUCGGAUCGUGAGCGAGAUGAGCGAACCGCUAGCAUUGGCGAGCGGCGGCGUGGUGGAUCCAACGGCCGCAUCCACCAGCGUCACUAUUUCGAACCUGCCACAGCCAACAGUUGCGCUGGGAUCGGAAUCUAAAUCGUCCAUGGACCUAGAGGAUCCCCGGAACAAUAGAUUCUUUCUCUGGAAAUGGUUGUGUAACUGGACAUCCAGCUCACCAACUAUGCUGCGUGCCGUGGAGAAGAAGAUACUGUCGUACGUGAAGCUGCCCUACCGCGGCUUCUUCGUGGAUAUCGGGCCGGCGGUGGGCGAAGCGGAUAAGAUCUGGACCAUCAGCAUGAAUACCGAGUCCAAGGAGGUGCCGCUGGUGCUCCUGCAUGGCCUGGGCGCAGGCAUUGCCCUGUGGGUGAUGAACCUCGAUGCCUUUGCCAAGGGCCGACCAGUAUACGCCAUGGACAUCCUCGGAUUCGGUCGCAGCUCUCGGCCGCUGUUCGCCAAGGAUGCGCUGGUGUGCGAGAAGCAAUUUGUGAAAUCGGUGGAGGAGUGGCGGCGCGAGAUGAACAUCAACGACAUGAUUCUGUUGGGCCACUCGAUGGGCGGCUUCAUUGCCUCCAGCUACGCCCUCUCACAUCCGGAGCGUGUGAAACACCUCAUACUAGCCGAUCCCUGGGGCUUCCCCGAGAAGCCCUCGGAUUCGACCAACGGCAAAACAAUACCGCUCUGGGUGCGGGCCAUAGCUAGAGUACUGACCCCGCUAAAUCCGUUGUGGGCUCUCCGCGCCGCCGGACCCUUUGGCCAGUGGGUGGUGCAAAAGACGCGGCCAGACAUUAUGCGAAAGUUCCAGAGCACCAUCGAGGAGGAUAUCAACUUGCUGCCGCAGUACAUACACCAGUGCAAUGCGCAGAAUCCCAGCGGUGAGUCCGCCUUCCACACAAUGAUGCAAUCCUUUGGAUGGGCCAAGCACCCCAUGAUUCACCGCAUCAAGGACGUGCGCAGCGACAUACCAAUCACGUUCAUCUACGGCUCCCGUUCGUGGAUCGACUCGUCGUCGGGGGAGAAGAUCAAGUCGCAGCGCGGCAGCAAUAUGGUGGACAUCAAGAUCGUGACGGGCGCCGGCCACCACGUAUAUGCCGACAAGCCGGACGUGUUCAACCGCUACGUGAACGAGACCUGUGAUAUGUACAAGGUGGCCGGUGGCAAGCUGAUAACGCCCCUGCAGCUAAUCCGCGAAUCCACCGAGUCCGACGAGGAGCGCGAGCCCAGCCUGAGCACAGCGAAGACGGUCGAGGUCCAGCCAGAAGUCCAGCCGGUGCCCCAACCUGUCACCGCAGCCGACACAUCCACGCCGACCGCCGACGAACUGGCGGCGAACAUCAAACCGAAGUGAGCAGAAGCAGCGGCAUUCGCUGAGAACCAAACAAAAAUCACAGCUCGCCUGCCAGCCUGUAUCUAUUAGCUUAGUGUCUUUGCCUAGUAUUAAAUGGUCAUCUUAUCCAAUUAGCCGCUAUUUUUACUCUACAGUCAGAAAUGAAGCCCUAUUCUUAUUUAUAUUUUUGAGAUUUUCAAGUUAUACGCACUGUUUUUAAAUAGCUUAAAUAUAUAUCUAUUUUUGUUAGCAAAUCAACUCAGCUCUAAACGUCUUCUCUACAGUGACCUAGGCAGACAGGUUUCAUAUAAAAAUAUGUGAUGUGUAAUGGAUUGGGCUGGCAACCAAGCAGCUAUCGUUCAUUUGUGCUGAUUCAGUCAGAGUACAAAGGUCACUUCAGGGGCAUUGUCAACGCGCAUGGAGUUCCAUUGAUAAUUUGGUUGAUAAUCACUGGAGGAAUUCGAAGCUCCGCCGAAAAGUUCUCUACGAAUGCAGUCGGUGUCCAACAUACGUCAGAAUCGGCAUCGAUCCGGAAGAUCCCACACGCGCCACUUGUUUUCAAUUCUUUUGGUUUGGGUCUAAGGCUAUCUCGAGUUAGCUGAUAGCCAGCAAAACAAUGGAAAUAUGUAGGUGAAAACGGUAGCGGUUCUCUAAAAUUGGCGCCUAAUUCUAUUAGUGAAUGAUUCACUGGCUUAAGCCACCACUUAAACGCCGAAAAGAAAAUGGAACCGGGCUUGAAUCAUAAGCUAGUCGCUGCUUAUUGCAUUUUUUAAAAAUUUCGUCUAUUAUUUGCGGACUGAUAUAAGAUAUUCGUGUAUGGAAUUAUCUAUCAGCGGAAUUUCACCAUACAUUAAAACUAUACAUUUGAAUGACAUCAUCAUAUAGUAUCGAAAAGAAAGCUAACUUAUCAAAUUUCUUGAAUGUAAGGUGGAACUUGCAUUAAAUGGCAACUGAGGAGUCGUUGAUCCCCAGAGAAUUCUUAUCAACUGUCUGGUAC